GGCUGCCUGGCCAGUUCAGCCCCUGCUGUGGCCAUGCCAGGGCAAAGGGGCAGCAGGGCUCUCCCACUCAGCCCGCACGCGAGGAUGGGGAGAGUGUGGGCCACUGCCCCUUCUACCAGUGACUCUUCAUGGUGCUGCUGCUCAAAGGGGUGCCCUUCACCCUCACCACCAUGGAUGUGAAGAGGGCACUGGACAUACUGAAGGACUUCGCACCAGGCACCCAGCUGCCUGUUUUGCUCUACAAUGGCGAGCCCAAGACUGACACUGUCACCAUCGAGGACUUCCUGGAGGACACUCUGGGCGCCCCCAUGUUCCCCAGCCUGAUCCCAUGGUACAGGGAGUCAAGACUGGCUGGGAAUGACAUCUUCCACAAGUUCUCCACCUUCAUCAAGAAUCCGGUGCCUGCCCAGGAUGAGGUGCAGCAGCGGAGCCUGCUGCGGGCCCUGCUCAAGCUGGAUGAGUACCUGAGUGCCCCUCUGGAGCACGAGCUGGCCCAUGACUCCCACCUCCAGGCCUCCCGGCACCACUUCCUCAAUGGGGACCAGCUGAUGUUAGCUGACUGCAACCUGCUGCCUAAGCUCAUUCUCGUUCAGGUUGUGUGCCAGCAUUACCACCACUUCAGGAUCCCCAAGGACCUGCACGGUGUGUGGCGUUAUCUCAAUGGCACCAGCGAAACCAAGGAAUUCAAAUACACCUGCCCCAACAGCGAGGAGAUAGUACAAGCCUAUCACUCUGUGGUCCGGUCACUGCAGUGA